AUGUCUGGUGUUGAUGUAGACAGUGAUUCGACGGGUAGUAUUCCUGAUAGUAUGUACACCGCCGGGUCUGGUGUUGAUGUAGACAGUGAUUCGACGGGUAGUAUUCCUGAUAGUAUGUACACCGCCGUGUCUGGUGUUGAUGUAGACAGUGAUUCGACGGGUAGUAUUCCUGAUAGUAUGUACACCACCGGGUCUGGUGUUGAUGUAGCCAGUGAUUCGACGGGUAGUAUUCCUGAUAGUAUGUACACCGCCGGGUCUGGUGUUGAUGUAGACAGUGAUUCGACGGGUAGUAUUCCUGAUAGUAUGUACACCGCCGGGUCUGGUGUUGUUGUAGACAGUGAUUCGACGGGUAGUAUUCCUGAUAGUAAGUACACCGCCGUGUCUGGUGUUGAUGUAGACAGUGAUUCGACGGGUAGUAUUCCUGAUAGUAUGUACACCGCCGUGUCUGGUGUUGAUGUAGACAGUGAUUCGACGGGUAGUAUUCCUGAUAGUAAGUACACCGCCGUGUCUGGUGUUGAUGUAGACAGUGAUUCGACGGGUAGUAUUCCUGAUAGUAUGUACACCGCCGUGUCUGGUGUUGAUGUAGACAGUGAUUCGACGGGUAGUAUUCCUGAUAGUAUGUACACCGCCGGGUCUGGUGUUGAUGUAGACAGUGAUUCGACGGGUAGUAUUCCUGAUAGUAUGUACACCGCCGAGUCUGGUGUUGAUGUGGGAAGUGAUUCGACGGGUAGUAUUCCUGAUAGUAUGUACACCGCCGGGUCUGGUGUUGAUGUAGACAGUGAUUCGACGGGUAGUAUUCCUGAUAGUAUGUACACCGCCAUGUCUGGUGUUGAUGUAGACAGUGAUUCGACGGGUAGUAUUCCUGAUAGUAUGUACACCGCCGUGUCUGGUGUUGAUGUAGACAGUGAUUCGACGGGUAGUAUUCCUGAUAGUAUGUACACCGAUGGGUCUGGUGUUGAUGUAGACAGUGAUUCGACGGGUAGUAUUCCUGCUAGUAUGUACACCGCCGGGUCUGGUGUUGAUGUAGACAGUGAUUCGACGGGUAGUAUUCCUGAUAGUAUGUACACCGCCGGGUCUGGUGUUGAUGUAGACAGUGAUUCGACGGGUAGUAUUCCUGAUAGUAUGUACACCGCCAUGUCUGGUGUUGAUGUAGACAGUGAUUCGACGGGUAGUAUUCCUGAUAGUAUGUACACCGCCGGGUCUGGUGUUGAUGUAGACAGUUAUUCGACGGGUAGUAUUCCUGAUAGUAUGUACACCGCCGUGUCUGGUGUUGAUGUAGACAGUGAUUCGACGGGUAGUAUUCCUGAUAGUAUGUACACCGAUGGGUCUGGUGUUGAUGUAGACAGUGAUUCGACGGGUAGUAUUCCUGCUAGUAUGUACACCGCCGGGUCUGGUGUUGAUAUAGACAGUGAUUCGACGGGUAGUAUUCCUGAUAGUAUGUACACCACCGGGUCUGGUGUUGAUGUAGACAGUGAUUCGACGGGUAGUAUUCCUGAUAGUAUGUACACCACCGGGUCUGGUGUUGAUGUAGACAGUGAUUCGACGGGUAGUAUUCCUGAUAGUAUGUACACCGCCGUGUCUGGUGUUGAUGUAGACAGUGAUUCGACGGGUAGUAUUCCUGAUAGUAUGUACACCGCCGGGUCUGGUGUUUAUGUAGACAGUGAUUUGACGGGUAGUAUUCCUGAUAGUAUGUACACCGCCGUGUCUGGUUUUGAUGUAGACAGUUAA